UUUUUUAAAAAUGAAUUCAGUGUUUCCUGAGUUAUAUACAAAGGGAUCCAAAAUAUGGACUAAACAUACGACCGAAGUUUGGCAAUGCGUUACCAUUAAAAUCAAUUUCAAUCAAUCGGACAAAAGUCUGAUUGUCGAGGAUGAAGACCUACAGGAAAUAAGUUUACAAAUAAAAGAUUUGUCAUCAUUACCACCGCUGCGAAAUCCUGACAUAUUGAUCGGUGCCAAUGAUCUGACAAGUCUUUCAUAUCUUCACGAACCGGCGGUGUUACACAAUCUUCGAGUCCGGUUUCUGGAUCAGUCAGCGAUAUACACGUGGUGUGGUAUUGUCUUAGUGGCUAUCAAUCCAUUUUGUGAUCUCGAUAUUUAUGGAGAAGAAACUAUUCAAACGUAUCACAAAUCUCAGGGAUCCGCACAAUUGGAUCCUCAUAUCUAUGCUGUCUCUGAGGACGCCUACUCUAAGUUGGAAAGGGAUGAUACCAACCAAUCUAUUAUUGUCAGCGGAGAGAGUGGUGCAGGUAAAACUGUUUCGGCAAAGUUUGCGAUGAGAUAUUUUGCGUCCAUUGCUGGUACCGAUUCGUCCAAUAUUGAGAACAGAGUGUUGGCCAGUAAUCCUAUAAUGGAAGCGAUUGGAAAUGCUAAGACUACAAGAAAUGAUAACUCAUCUCGUUUUGGAAAAUACAUACAAAUUUUAUUUGAUAAUCAAAGUCGAGCCAUAACUGGUGGUAAUAUGAGGACAUACCUUCUGGAGAAGUCAAGAGUUAGCCGACAAAGUGAAGGCGAACGCAAUUUUCAUAUAUUUUAUCAAAUGUGUACUUAUGCUCAACAAAACAAUCUAAAACAUCUCAAUUUGGAUUACGAAACAGAGUUUAUAUAUUUGGGUCAAAUAGAGCCGACACAAUAUGAUGAUAUGACCAGAUUUGUUGAGGCCAUGCAUUGUUUAGGAUUUACCGAAAAACAACAAAAUCUCAUAUUUAAUGUAAUUGCAUCGGUAUUACACGGGGGCAACAUUCAGUUCACUCGUAUUGAUGAUGAAAAAUGUUGUAUUGAACAACAAUCAGAACAUCAUUUAGAAAUAUUUUGUCAACUUUUAGAUUUGGAUCCAUUGGCUACAAAACAAUGGUUAACUCAUAGAUUAUUGAAGACCGGAGUGAGAGGAGAAAUCAUUACAAAAACUUUCACUGCAGAGGAAGCCCAAAACGGAAGGGACGCUCUAUUGAAAUAUGUUUACGAAACUCUAUUUUCAUGGAUUGUUAGCCUUAUUAAUAAAGCUUUGGGACCAACUAAUUCAACAAUCAAUUAUCACUUCAUUGGUGUUCUUGAUAUAUAUGGAUUUGAACACUUCGAGAUCAAUAGUUUUGAACAGUUUUGCAUUAAUUAUGCAAAUGAAGUCCUUCAGCAACAAUUCAAUCAACACGUCUUUAAAUUAGAACAAGAAGAGUAUGUUCGAGAGGGUAUUGAUUGGCAAUUCAUAACUUUUACAGACAAUCAACCGGUGAUUGACUUAAUUGAGUCAAAACCCAUUGGUGUCUUAUGUCUUCUCGACGAAGAGUGCAAAAUGCCAAAAGGUUCCGACGAAACGUGGGCCGCAAAGCUUUACUCUCAACUUACUAUUGGAGAUGUUUUUCAAAAACCUAAAUUUGGAUCAAAAAAUUCAUUUAUUAUUCAACAUUUUGCAGAUACUGUUAUUUACAAUGUUGAAGGUUUUUUGGAGAAAAAUAAAGAUACCAUUAUGGAAGAACAAAUUGAUUUACUCAAGAGAUCAGCUGUUGUUGACAUUCUUUUUAAUGAUGGCUUAUCCAGUGAACCAUUACAGAAAUCUGGUGGAAGAGUUAAGAUAACUCCUCAACAAUCGCAACAAAAACAGCAAAAACAGGCGAAAGCAACUGUUGGCUCACAAUUUCGCGACUCAUUAUUUGCUUUGAUGAAGACUUUAAAUGCCACUGAACCGCAUUAUGUUAGAUGUAUUAAACCAAAUGACAAUAAGGCUGCCUUCGAGUUUAAUAAUAUUAGAGCUGUUCAACAGUUAAGAGCUUGUGGUGUAUUAGAAACUAUAAGAAUUAGUUCCAAUGGAUUUCCUUCGAGAUGGAGUUAUCCAGAUUUUGCCAAUAGAUAUCGUGUCCUUAGAGUUGGUGCCCACCGAAAAUCUAAAAAUAUUCAAAAGCCAGUUACUGGACAGACGCCAAAAGCAGCCCCAAGAAAAUUGGUUAGAGCCGGUUCCAGCACUUCCAAUGAAAUCAGAACUCUUUGUGAAGAUAUUGUCAAAAUUGUUUAUGAAGAGAAAGUGUUUGCACACAUAAGCGGUGAUACUCAACCACAAGCACAACAAUUAUACCAAUUCGGCAAAACAAAGAUAUUCUUCCGAUCAGCACAGGUCGCUCUACUUGAGCGCAUCAGAAGUCAAAAAUUAAAGGAAUGCGCUAUUCUUAUACAACGAAUGCUUAGGGGUUGGCUAAUGAGGCGCCGAUAUUUGAAGAUUAGAUUUACUGUAAUGAAACUGCAAUGUUAUGCCAGAGGUUUUCUUGCAAGAAGACUGUUCAUACACUUAAAACAAACAAAAGCCGCCACUAUUAUUCAGACAAAAUGGCGCUCAUGGACUGCACGUAACAAAUAUUUGAAGUUAAAGAGAGCCACAAUUGGUAUUCAAUCCUAUUGUCGCGGAUUAUUAGCUCGAAAACGAUUUAAUAUUAUUCGUGAAAAUCUUGCGGCCAUUACUAUACAAAGAUAUUGGAGAGGAUUUACUACGAGAACUGAUUAUAGAAAGACAAUUAAACGCAUUAUUAUUGUUCAGUCAGUAAUUCGCAGAUACUUUGCUAAGAAAGAACUCAAGAAAUUGCGAAUUGAAGCCCGAAGUGUUGAACACGUGACUAAUCUCAACAAAGGUUUGGAGUUAAAGAUCAUUGAAUUACAACAAAAAGUGGACGAAUUGUUUAAUGAAAGGAAAGCUCUCAUACAAAAUGAUAAUGACAUCUCUGAAUAUAAGAAUCAAUUUACAAAAUUAGAAAUGGAUAUCAAGAACUUGAAGAAUGAUUUGAAACAAAAGGAAUUGGAGUUCCAGACAUUAGAACAGGAAAUGACAGACGCGAAGAAUAAUAAUGGAAAGUUAGUCAAUGAAAUACAGAAACAUAAAACAACUAUUAAUCAUUUAUUGACAAAUACUGCCAAAAUAAAACAAGAAUUUGAUCCAAAACUUAUCGAAGAUGCCGUCCGCGAAAAAGAGAAACUACUUUUGACUAAAUUUGAAAAAGAAAAGAAAUCUUUAAUUGAUGAAAGAGAGAAUGAAAAGGCUUCCCGACAACAAUUACUUCGCAAAUAUAUGGCUCUCGAAGAUAAAUAUCAAAGCGGUAUUAGAGGUGAAGAUGAAGACGAUCGGAGUCCUGAUAUAUCGACCGUUUCUUUAAUGAUGAGAUGCAGUGAAUUAGAACAGGAGUCCGCAAAAUGCAAACAAGAAAACCAAGAAAUGAGAGAAUUGAUCGCAAGUUCGGCUGAUUUAGAAGAUAAUGAAAGAGGAGCUUCACUUCUAGCACAACAAUGCGCUCAAAUGCAGAUUGAAUUGGAAAGGUUUAAGGAAGAGAGGACUAACUUAAAGACUAUUGUCCUCUCGCAAGAAUCUAACAUAAAAGAUCCCGGUUCCGAAAGCGAACUCAUUUCUGCAUUCAAAGCUAUAAUCAAACAACUGGAGGGAGAACUCGAAGAAACUAAACAAACAUUAAGUCAAACUAAAAACGAAAUGAAUUCAUUAACGACUGAUAACAACAGACAACAGCAAUUGAUUGGUAUUAAUAACGAAAAUAUCAGUGGAAAUGGCGCCGAAAAUUUGGUGACGCGUUUCAAACAGGAGAACACCGUUUUAAAGGAGAAAUGCGAGAAAUUGCUUCUGGAAAACAAAAAUAUGAAAAUGGAUUUAAUGAGACGGAAGAUCAUCGAUAACGAAGAGGAUGAGUUAGAAAGUGUUAAAUCAAAUGAUUUACAAAAUGCAAAUUAUAUGGGAAUGUUUGAAUAUAAGCAACAAAAUGAAGCGCUUUUACUUAAAAUUUUAAUUCAAGAUUUGGAGCCCAGUGUUGCUCUUAAAUUUCAACCCCAUAUUCCUUCAUAUAUCCUAUUCAUGUGCAUCCGUUACAGUGAUUACAAUAACGAUGAUAUUAUGGUCAGGAGUUUCAUGAAUAAUACAAUUUUAUCACUUAAGCGCACAAUUAAAAGGAAUACAAAUGUGGAAACACUUGUUUUAUGGCUUUCCAAUACUGUUAAACUGAUCACUUGUUUAAAACAAUUUUCAGGCGAAGAACCAUUUGGUGAGUUCGAUGAGUCGCUCAAGAAUUUCGACUUAAGUGAAUACAGACAGAUGUUUAGCGAUAUCGCCAUUUGGAUACAUCAAGGAGUUAUUAAACAAUGUGAAGAAAGAAUCCAAAGUCUUAUAGUUCCAGCCAUUCUUGAGUACGAAGGACUCGCUUCUUCGGGAAUGUAUUCGCAAACUUCAAUUCAAAGGUCUGGUAGUGUUAGCGGUGACACCGAUUCAACACUUUCUCCCUCUCCAACUGAAAAACCGAUUGAAACACUAAUUAAAGAACUUUCAUACUUGAAUCGUAUACUUUUGCUUCAUGUCAUUGAUGGCGAUAUCAUUCAUCAGAUUUUUAAACAACUCUUUUAUUUCAUGUGUUCGAGUUCUCUGAACAAUCUAUUGCUACGCAAAGACUUGUGUCACUGGAAUAAAGCGAUGCAAAUAAGGUUUAAUUUGUCGUCUUUAGAGCAGUGGUGUAGAGAACAACAGAUCCCUAAAUGGAACGAAUGCGUGGAAAAGUUGGAACCAAUCAUUCAGGCGACCAAACUGUUACAGACCCGCAAAAGUCAAGAACACAUUCAAACCAUUGUCGAGAUGUGUAACAAACUUAGUUCGUCACAAAUCAUCAAAAUUCUUAAUCUCUAUACGGCUGGAGAUGAAGAAAGGAUUUCAAGUAAUUUCAUAAAACAGGUUCAAAAACAUUUGAUUGAACAAAGAAAGAGUGAAGGACCAAAUACGACACUAUUGAUGGACACAAAGUAUGCUUUUGCUUUCACAAUACCAUACAUUCCUACGGAUGUCAAACUACAGAAUAUAUCCAUUCCUCCAGUUUUAGUCAAAAAGGGUUUGGCAACGGUUCUCAAGAAAAUAUAAUAUAUUUGAUUAAUUUAAUUGA